UCUGACGUCUUGUCAAAGUCAAAACCACUACAUUCUGUUCGUGUUUGUUAUUAAUCCGUGUUUUAAUACAAUUCUCAAAAAUGGCUCAAGGCAAAAUGAAAGUUAAAAGUAAAUUGCCUUCAGGCGCUAAAACUAAAAAGAACAAGGGAAAAGCUGUGACUAAGCGAAGCAAUGCUCCCGUAAAAAGUAAGUCGAAGGCUGCUGAAAAAAAUAAGAUGAAGGCUACUGUUACGAAGAUGGUAAAUAAAGCUGCUGAACAGCAAUUGAGGGCGCUGGCUACGGAUACUCCUCAACUGUCUGCAGCGCAACAGAGGGUGGCUUCAGCCCCUACAGCGCCUGCACCUGCAAAGUAACAACAUAACCUCAAAAAUUUUAGGUUAUGUGAAAUGUCUUGAGUGCAACAAAAACAUUUUCAAACACAAAAAAGUUGUAAAGUGUCUAAAUUCUAUCAAGACUGAUAGCAUACACAUUCUAAACUGAAUAAAAUUUGCCUGUAAACGUUAAACAGAAGAAAGGUUGAGUCCCGCACUCUGGUACAGUUUGGGUUAGUGGAUAAUCAUUGUGACAGUUUUAUGAAAUUGUCUUACAUAAAGAUACAUACACAUAUACAUAUAUGUUUUGAAGCCAGUUAAAUCAUCAUAAAAAGAUAGUUUUUGUUAUAUCUUAUUUUAAAACAACCUAAAAAUAAAAUGUAAACAUCAUACCGAAUGCUAUUUCAUUGAUAAUGUCUAAUAACUAAUAUAAGUUAAAGAAAUUUUAAAUACAUAAAAGUGUAAUGUAACAUUUACCAAUAACUCUUAAUGUAAAUAUAGAUAAGUAUUUAAUUUGUAAAAAUUUACAUUUGAAUUAAAGUACUAAAAUGAUUA